AUGUCUUACACUGUUCGCAAGAUCGGCCAGCCCAACACUUUGGAGCACCGUGUCUUCAUCGAGCGUGAUGGUCAGCCCGUUUCGCCCUUCCAUGACAUCCCCCUCUACGCCAACGAGCAGCAGACCAUCCUCAACAUGGUGGUUGAGAUUCCCCGCUGGACCAACGCCAAGCAGGAGAUCUCCAAGGAGGAGUUCCUCAAUCCCAUCAAGCAGGACACCAAGAAGGGCAAGCUGCGAUUCGUCCGCAACUGCUUCCCCCACAAGGGUUACCUCUGGAACUACGGUGCCUUCCCUCAGACUUGGGAAGACCCCAACACGGUCCACCCCGAAACCAAGGCCAAGGGCGACAACGACCCGCUGGACGUGUGCGAAAUCGGUGAGCUCGUCGGCUACCCCGGCCAGGUCAAGCAGGUCAAGGUGCUCGGUGUGAUGGCUCUGCUCGACGAGGAGGAGACCGACUGGAAGAUCAUUGUCAUCGACAUCAACGACCCCUUGGCUCCUAAGCUGAAUGACAUUGAGGAUGUCGAGCGCCAUCUGCCCGGCCUUCUCCGUGCCACCAACGAGUGGUUCCGUAUCUACAAGAUCCCCGAUGGCAAGCCUGAGAACCAAUUCGCUUUCUCCGGCGAGUGCAAGAACAAGAAGUAUGCUCUGGAUGUCGUCCGUGAGUGCGCCGACGCUUGGGAGAAACUUGUCUCUGGCAAGGCCCCCCGGGGCGAAAUCAGCCUUGCCAAUGUUUCCGUCCAGGAUUGCGCUGACCGAGCUGAUCCCAGCCUGCUUGCGACCAUUCCGCAGGGUGAGAACUUGCCCCCUGCUCCUAUCGAUGGCAGCGUUGACAAGUGGUUCUUCAUCUCUGGUGCCGCUGUGUAA